AUGGAUCAGUAUUAGUUGCUGGUGGAGUGGGUCUUACUAGUACUGAAUUGUACAAUCCAUUAACAGGCACAUGGACAAUCACAGGAACCAUGAAUAGCGUACGAUAUUAUCACACAGCAUCCACAUUAGCAAAUGGAUUCGUAUUAGCUGUUGGUGGAGCAAGCGGCACUGGUAUUUUUGUCAAUAGUACUGAAUUGUACAAUCCAUCAACGGGCACUUGGACAAUUUCAGGAAGUAUGAGUAUCGGACGAAAAUCACAUACAGCAACCAUAUUAGCAAAUGGAUCAGUAUUAGUUACUGGUGGAACCAAUGGUGUUAAUCUUAAUAGCGCUGAAUUGUAUAAUCCAUUAACAGGUACUUGGACAACCACAGGAAACCUAAAUGUUGCACGAUCUCUUCACACAGCAACCAUAUUAGCAAAUGGAUUAGUAUUAGUUGCUGGUGGUACAAACAGCACUGGUGUUUAUCUUAAUAGUGCUGAAUUGUACAAUCCAUCAACAGGCACUUGGACAACCACAGGAAGCAUGAAUGUUGCACGAGAUUAUCAUACCGCAUCUAUAUUAGCAAAUGGACUAGUAUUAGUUGUUGGUGGUACAAACAGCACUGGCGUUUUUCUCAAUAGUACUGAAUUGUAUAAUCCAUCAACAGGUACUUGGACAACUUCAGGAAGCAUGAAUGUUGGUCGAGAUAUUCACACAGCAUCUACAUUAGCAAAUGGAAAAGUAUUAGUUGCUGGUGGAUACGGCGGCGGUUAUCUUAAUAUUGCUGAGCUUUAUUAA